UCCUCCAGCGAGGCUGGGCUGGCGGUGGCAGCGGCGGGACGCCGGUGACCGGCGGAGGGGCGCCUCGGCCAUGACUGCAGAGCUGCAGCAGGACGACGCGGCCGGCGCGGCCGAUGGCCAUGGCUCGAGCUGCCAAAUGCUGUUAAAUCAACUGAGAGAAAUCACAGGCAUUCAGGACCCUUCCUUUCUUCAUGAAGCUCUGAAGAUACAUAAUGAAAUGUUGACUGAUAAAAAGGCCAGUAAUGGUGACAUCACCCAGGCAGUCAGCCUUCUCACUGAUGAAAGAGUUAAGGAGCCCAGUCAAGACGCUGUUGCUACAGAACCAUCUGAAGUAGAGGGGAGUGCUGCCAACAAAGAAGUAUUAGCAAAAGUAAUAGACCUUACUCAUGAUAACAAAGAUGAUCUUCAGGCUGCCAUUGCUCUCAGUCUCCUGGAGUCCCCCAAAAUACAAGCUGAUGGAAGAGACCUCAACAGGAUGCAUGAAGCAACCUCUGCAGAAACUAAACGCUCAAAGAGAAAGCGCUGUGAAGUCUGGGGAGAAAAUCCCAAUCCCAGUGACUGGAGGAGAGUUGAUGGUUGGCCAGUUGGGCUGAAAAAUGUUGGCAAUACGUGUUGGUUUAGUGCUGUUAUUCAGUCUCUCUUUCAACUGCCUGAAUUCCGAAGACUUGUUGUCAGCUAUAGUCUGCCACAAAAUGUACUUGAAACUUGUCGAAGUCACACGGAAAAGAGAAAUAUUGUGUUUAUGCAAGAGCUUCAGUAUCUGUUUGCUCUGAUGAUGGGAUCAAAUCGCAAGUUUGUAGACCCUUCAGCAGCCCUGGAUCUCUUAAAAGGAGCAUUCCGAUCAUCUGAGGAACAGCAGCAAGAUGUGAGCGAAUUCACACACAAGCUCCUGGAUUGGCUAGAGGACGCAUUCCAGCUAGCUGUUAAUGUUAACAAUCCCAGGAACAAAUCUGAAAAUCCAAUGGUGCAGUUAUUCUAUGGUACUUUCCUGACUGAAGGGAUUCGUGAAGGAAAGCCCUUUUGUAACAACGAGACCUUCGGCCAGUAUCCCCUUCAGGUAAACGGUUACCGCAACUUAGAUGAAUGUUUGGAAGGGGCCAUGGUGGAGGGUGACAUUGAGCUGCUUCCUUCUGACCAGUCAGUAAAGUAUGGACAAGAACGUUGGUUUACAAAGCUACCUCCAGUGUUGACCUUUGAACUCUCAAGAUUUGAGUUCAAUCAGUCCCUUGGUCAGCCAGAGAAAAUUCAUAAUAAGCUGGAAUUUCCUCAGAUUAUUUAUAUGGACAGGUACAUGUACAGGAGCAAAGAGCUUAUUCGAAGUAAGAGAGAAUAUAUUCGAAAGUUGAAGGAGGAAAUAAAAUUUCUGCAGCUAAAACUGGAAAGGUAUGUGAAGUACGGCUCGGGCCCAGCUCGGUUCCCACUCCCAGACAUGCUGAAGUAUGUCAUUGAAUUUGCUAGUACAAAGCCUGCCUCAGAAAGCUCUUCAUCUCAGAGUGACACACCAGUGACGUUACCAGUGCAUUGCCCGGUUUCUGAGCUGACAUCUGAGGGAAGUGCAAGUACAGAAAGCUCUUCUCAGGAUGCUGAAAGUUCCUUUCCUUCUCCUGAAGAUUCUCAACACAAGUCUAAGAUCAUGAGUAAGCCACUUCCAUCUUCUCAGUCUUCCAUGGAAAUGCCUACACACCCAGCUCCUCGAACAGUCACAGAUGAGGAGAUAAAUUUUGUUAAGACCUGUCUUCAGAGGUGGAGGAGUGAGAUUGAACAAGAUAUACAAGAUUUAAAGAAUUGUAUUGCAAGCACUACCCAGACUAUUGAGCAGAUGUACUGUGAUCCUCUCCUUCGUCAGGUGCCUUAUCGCUUGCAUGCAGUUCUUGUUCAUGAAGGACAAGCAAAUGCUGGACACUACUGGGCCUAUAUCUAUAAUCAACCCCGACAAAUCUGGCUCAAAUACAAUGACAUCUCUGUUACCGAAUCUUCCUGGGAAGAACUUGAAAGAGAUUCCUAUGGGGGCCUGAGAAAUGUUAGUGCUUACUGUCUGAUGUACAUUAAUGACAAGCUACCCCACUUCAAUGCAGAGGCAGCCCCAAAUGAAUCAGAUCAAAUGUUAGGAGAAGUGGAUGCCCUAUCUGUUGAACUGAAGCAUUACAUUCAAGAAGAUAACUGGAGGUUUGAGCAGGAAGUAGAGGAGUGGGAAGAAGAGCAGUCUUGCAAAAUCCCUCAGAUGGAAUCCUCUACCAGUUCAUCAUCACAGGAUUUCUCUACAUCACAAGAGCCUUCGGUACCCUCUUCUCAUGGGGUCCGCUGUUUGUCAUCUGAGCAUGCUGUGAUUGUCAAGGAACAGACUGCCCAGGCUAUUGCAAACACGGCACGUGCUUAUGAGAAGAGUGGGGUAGAAGCAGCCUUGAGUGAGCUUAAGGAACCUGAACCCAAGAAGCCCCUGCCCCAGGAAACAAACCUUGCAGAGCAGUCAGAACAGCCCCAAAAGGCUAAUGAUGCAGAGUCUGCUGCCCAGCCUAAUUCUGAGGUCUCUGAAGUCGAGAUUCCCAGUGUGGGAAGGAUUCUGGUUAGAUCUGAUGCAGAUGGAUAUGAUGAGGAGGUGAUGCUGAGCCCUGCCAUGCAAGGGGUCAUCCUGGCCAUAGCUAAAGCCCGUCAGACCUUUGACCGAGAUGGGUCUGAAGCAGGGCUUAUUAAGGCAUUCCAUGAAGAAUACUCCAGGCUCUAUCAGCUUGCCAAAGAGACCCCCACCUCUCACAGUGAUCCACGGCUUCAGCAUGUCCUUGUCUACUUUUUCCAAAAUGAAGCACCCAAAAGGGUAGUGGAACGGACCCUUCUGGAACAGUUUGCAGAUAAAAAUCUUAGCUAUGAUGAAAGAUCAAUCAGUAUUAUGAAGGUGGCUCAAGCUAAACUGAAGGAAAUUGGUCCAGAUGAUAUGAAUAUGGAAGAAUACAAGAAGUGGCAUGAAGAUUAUAGUUUGUUUCGAAAGGUGUCUGUGUAUCUCCUGACUGGCCUCGAACUCUAUCAAAAAGGAAAGUACCAAGAAGCACUUUCCUACCUGGUGUAUGCCUACCAGAGCAAUGCCGCUCUGCUCCUGAAGGGCCCCCGGCGGGGGGUAAAGGAAUCAGUGAUUGCUUUAUACCGAAGAAAAUGCCUUCUGGAGCUGAAUGCCAAAGCAGCUUCUCUCUUUGAAACAAAUGAUGACCACUCUGUAACAGAGGGCAUUAAUGUUAUGAAUGAGUUGAUCAUUCCCUGCAUUCAUCUCAUCAUUAAUAAUGACAUCUCCAAGGAUGACCUAGAUGCAAUUGAGGUCAUGAGAAACCACUGGUGCUCUUACCUUGGCCAGGAUAUUGCAGAAAAUCUGCAGCUGUGCUUAGGGGAGUUUCUUCCCAGGCUUCUAGAGCCCUCUGCAGAAAUCAUCGUCUUGAAGGAGCCUCCAACUAUUCGACCCAAUUCUCCCUAUGAUCUUUGUAGCCGAUUUGCGGCUGUCAUGGAGUCGAUUCAAGGGAUUUCAACUGUGACGGUGAAAUAAGUCUGCAUGUAUUCAAGGCCCAUCCUGAUCUGGUUGCCUUAUGGAUGCACAGAAUUCUGUUGUCACAGUGUUGCCCUUGGGAAAGGGAUUAGAUGGACAAGUAAGAUUUGGAUCCAGACCCUAACCAUCUGUGUGUGUAAAGAAGGAUUAAAAAUAAAAUUGCACUUUUUAGGUACAGAAUUGUAAAAAGCUAUUUUACUAGAAAAGGCAGGAACCAGGAAUUAUGCCAGAAGACCUAAAAUGCCUCUUGUACCUACAAGAAUGCUUGGGCUUUUCCAAGCCUUUUGUCACUUUUUAAAUUAUCCUUCAGGCAUAAAUGUUUUUGACAGCAGAAUAGAAGAGUGAUUCAUCAGAACCUGAACCAGAUGAACAACUGCUAGUUAUUUUAUCAAAUACAGGUGACAUUUAAAAAUUCUUACCUGCAGGAGAUUAGAAAUGUAAAUUUUAUUGGCUCUUGACAGGAGAUGACAAAAUGGGUUGCUGAUGAACUGCUGCCCUUUCACAUGUGGGUAGAAUACAGGGUCACUUGGCAAUAAGAAACUGAAAAGUCAGAAGAAAUCUGCCUCUCCUCCUUUCUUUCCCGCCCCCCCCUUCUUCUCCCUCUCUCUUUUAUUUUAUAUUUUUAAAUAAACCGUGAAACCUCAUACUCAGUCCUAAGUGAAAGAAAGGAAAGCAUUAAGGAUUUUAUAUAGAAUUACAUUGUGAAACUUGACUAAACAAAGCAUUUUGAUAGUUAACCACUUAGGUAAUUUUUUCUAACAUCUGAAAAUUGUCAAAAACAGGCGUCUAAGGCUGCUGCUGGCCCAAAAGAACAUUUUUAUCCCCCAUCCCUUUUUUGCUUUUGAAAAUAAGAGAUGUGGAUUUGUAAAAAGAAAAUUAUAUGUAUAUGUAUAUGUAGAAAGAGAAAUAUCCCAUUUGACCGUUUUUAAAAGGCUCUUCAUUUGGGGAUUGUGUUUUAACUAAAUUUAAGGAUUAAUGGGAGAAUUGUGGGAGGGAAGAACACUUGAUACAACUAUGCAGAUUUUAUAAGUGUGCAAUAAAAGCAUUUGUUUUAUU